AUGAAUAUUGAUUACUCAAUAUGCAAUGCCAUAACACAAGCAGCCAAUGGAAUUGAUGACUCCCUCAUCAUUUAUGAUGUUAGGUGCCAGUGGAACCUUCAUUUCACAGAAUGUGUUGAGGACUGCCCUGGCUUGGCACUUUCUGAUAACACCUGUAUUGUGACUGCUGUGGGGAAAUUUCAUCUCAGCGCUCAUAAGCUUCCUUGUUUUGCUAGAUACAGCCUCAAUUUUAUUCUAGGAGCUGGACAAGUGGAUGGUGAAAUUCUGGAGACACUCUGGGCGCCUUUCAACAAGAUCUCUCCAACAGCUCAAUCUUUGAAUGCCAGCAAGGUCAAGGCAUGGGAAGAAGAUGAGGAGAAGGCAAUGAAAGAUCGAGGAGAAUAUCUUGACAUAUACCAGCUAAAUAUAGAUAAAGCACCAAUCAUGGCAGAAAUUCGGCUGAAAUUAACAGAAUCAGAAUAUGUUAAUACUGGCAAGUUGGGAUCAGUAUCUUGGCUUGUCAAUGGCAUCCAUUUGGAGGAUUCACAGUACAUCAUGAAACAAUUUUAA